AUGUCUACGCCCACUUUCCUAGCCAAAUCUUCAGCAGAAGAAAACACCACUCCUCUCGACAAAGGAACCUACACUCCAUCUUCGCCCUCCGACCUCCGUAGCCCGUGUCCCAUGAUCAACGCGCUCGCAAAUCACGGCUACCUUCCUCACGACGGACGAAACAUCAGCGCCGCCGACUUUUCCUCCGCCAUGUCCCUCGUCGGCCUCAGUCCCUUCCUAGGCGCAUUGUUCAGUAACGCCGUCUUCCUCCAACACCCAACUCCUUCUGCACCAAAACCCUCGUUCGUAUCCAGACUCCGCGCCAUCUUCGCCAACCCCUGGGAACUCCUCCCUCACCGUCUCGGCGUGCUCUUGCCCGGCCACCUCCGAAUGCAAACGGACCUUGCUGGCCGCAAAGUCAGAGUCCUCAACCUAGACCAACUCUCCCUCCAUGGCGCAAUAGAGCACGACAUCUCGCUAUCCCGCCGGGACUUGGCACAGGGCGACAACCACACCUCUCAAGCCGAUCUGAUCGAACAAAUCCUCGGUGCGUCCUCCGACGGCGGAAAGACAUUCAGCAUGGACGACCUCUGCGCGCUACGGUGUCGGAGGAUCGAGACCCAACGACUGGAGAACUCCGAGUUGCAAUACGGCGCGUUCGAGCACGAACUCGGAUGUGGCGAGAUUGCUCUGCUUUUGAAAGUGUUUGGCGAUGGGACGAGAGUGAGGUGUGACUAUCUGCGCGCAUUCUUUGUCGAGGAGAGGUUGCCGGUCACGGAGGGCUGGAGGAUAGGCAGGCGCUCAUGGUGGAGGGCGUUGGGGCUCGUGGGGUUGAAGUGGACGGUCGAAAAGGUCAAACGCAGAAUUGGCAGCGUGUGA